AUGGAAUGUGAGGAGAAAUCAACACAGUCUUCUUGCAAGAUCUCCAGACUUUAUUCGUCAGAUAGUGGCGAGUAUUGGUGUGAGUCUGACUCUGGAGAAAGAAGCGAGUCUGUUAACAUCACAGUGAUCGACGGCGGUGUGAUCCUGGAGAGUCCUGUCCUUCCUGUGACAGAGGGCCAUGAUGUGACUCUACGUUGUCUCUACAAAAACGACACCUGCAGGGCAAACUGUCCUUUUAAGGAAGCCACAAACCUCGCAGCUGACUUCUACAAAGACGACGCCCUCAUCCAGACCAAUGUGAUGGAGGUGACCAUCACAGCAGUGAACAGGUCUGACGAAGGCCUGUACAGGUGUCACAUCUCUAAUCGUGGAGAGUCAUCCGAGAGCGGGGUGACUGUGAGAGAUCCUCCUCGACCCUCCCCAGGGCCUGCCCACGCCCCUCGAACCUCCCUGCUCCCCCCUCCGGCGUGGGCUGGGAUCUCCAUCCUAGUAGUGGUUUUAACUGUGGUGGUGGGAACACUGCUGUGGAGGAAGCACAAAGUGGAGCCCGGUGACGUCACAGUGGAGCCCGGUGACAUCACAGUGGAGCCCGGUGACAUCACAGUGGAGCCCGGGCUAGACAAAAGGAUUUGA